UGAGGCGCUAAGAAACGUUUUCAUAGCUCCUUGUGUUUGCAUCGUAUCAAUUUUUUCCAAUUCCUUUUUAUCUGUUAUGAACGAAGAUCAAUGGAAAUUCAUUUUUUUAAUUUCUCAACACUCGUUGGUUAGUUCUUCUCAGUUGCAAUAAACAAAAUCGUAUUGCAAGCAGAACGAGAUAACGUGGAACAUGCGCUCGACCAAAGGCAUCAUUCAAAUGGCACAAUCCUCCAAAGCGUAUUUUCUGAACUUUUUUAAGACUAUGUCAAGGGCUGGAGAUGUAAAAAUACCCAAAUUUGUUGAUAUCCAGAAUGACAAUUCUUUUGGAAAAUAUGCUAUAGUCCAACCUUGGCUAGUUUCUGAAAAAGUUAUUGUUCCUGUGUAUAUACCACAGCCAUCCUACAGCCAAUCAAUGAUACCCAAAGAUGGACCGACGAUACCUGAAAUCAAAGAUGAAUAUCAAAUAGAAUGUAUGAGACAGAGUUGCAAAUUUGCUGGUCACAUUCUGCGUCAAGUUGACACAUUAAUUAAGCCAGGCAUUACAACAGAUUUUCUUGACAAACAAGUACAUGAUAUGAUCAUUGGCAAUGGAGCAUAUCCCAGUCCACUCAACUACCGUGGUUUUCCUAAGUCUAUUUGUACAAGUGUUAACAAUAUCGCUUGCCAUGGUAUUCCAGACAAUAGGCCUUUGCAAGAAGGUGAUAUACUCAAUGUUGAUAUAACAGUUUACCUUAAUGGCUAUCAUGGCGAUUGCUCAGCCAUGUUUCAAGUUGGUGAGGUAGAUUCUGAAGGCAAACGAUUGAUAACAGUCACAGAAUUGUGUUUAAAGUCAGCUAUUGAAAUAUGCAAACCAAAUGAAUAUUUCUGCAAUAUUGGUAAUGUAAUAGAAGAGACAGCAAAUAAACAUAAUUUAAAUGUAAUACCUGCACUUUUGGGUCAUGGUAUCGGAACUUACUUUCAUGGUGCUCCAGACAUUUAUCACUUCGCAAAUGAUUUUCCUGACAAAAUGAAAUCGGGUAUGACAUUUACUAUUGAACCAGCUUUAAGUCAAGGAACAACGCAGAUUGAAAUUCUGGAAGAUGGAUGGACAACUUGUACUAUUGAUAAUUCUAGGACAGCUCAAGUUGAACAUACAAUUUUAAUAACAGAUACUGGAUGCGAAGUGCUAACACUUUAGUGUACAAUCGAUAUUAUUGCUAUUUUAUAUAAAAAGUACCUAUGAAAUACAUAUUAUUUUUAGCAUACAUAAAUUAAUUUGCACAUAUACGUUUUAGUCUUGCAAGUACUAUCUUGUGUUUUUAUAUGUAAAAAUGAAAGAUAAAAUUUAUGUCUAUUA